AUGAUGCUGCCGUUUACAUUUUUUAUUCAAUGGAGUAGUAAAAGAGCUGGACGAUUUUGUUGGGUUCUACCCAGGGAUCAAUUCUUUCAUAUUUAUCAUACAUUAUUUUCUAAUUUUGGACCCGUUCAAACCUUGAUACUAUUACUUUUAAAUGUCACCUUUUUAAUGAUCACUAAGAGGUAUUUACAACAGAGUCGCUUCCAUCCACGCGGAGGUAAUCAUCUGGUGAAUCGAAAAGAAAUACGCAUUUGUCUAUUGGUUUUAAUACUGUCUACCUUUUAUAUUGCUAUAUCAAUACCACAGGCUAUUUGUUUCCUGUUAGUUCGUACAUCCUCAGCCAAGCUGUCAAAACUAAAGAAAAUGCUUGCAUAUGAUAUUGCCCAUUUCAUGUGGUCAUUAAAUGCUAUCCGGGAAAUCGCCGACUUCAUUGUUUAUGCGGUUUACUUUAAACCGUUGACUGAUCUGUUAUUCAACUGGUUGCUGAACAUUAGAGCGUUGAGCAGAUUAGCUUUAAGAUUCAUGAAAAGUGGAUCACCGAAUCGAAUACAAGAAGAAUGA